CCAUCUUCCCAACGAACCCAGACGCUAUUUUUGAGAAAUGAAGCCGUUUUUGCCAUGCCCCUUUUUGGACUGUCAACCGUCCAGCGCCCCUCCGCCCAAAGCAUGAGUCCCGAACUUUCCAAAAAGAUAUACACGUCUAGUCUGGUCAAGAUACUUCUAGUCGUUGGAACUCUUUUCUCGUAUAAUUGUACAAAAUACAGGGGUUGGUACUGUGGCAGGUAUCCCUGGUAGCCGAUUUGGUGUGUACCUUUCGGUCGUGGUGGUUUGUGGUGGUGGUUGGACAGCGCCGUCAAGAAAGGAGCUGGUGUGAUAGACAGGCAGGCAGGUAGAUAGCGUAAAAUCGUACUACCGCUGGUGUUAUUUUGCUCUGGGCAUCUCCCUGCAGGGCCACUGCCUAGUAG